AUGGAACAAACUAUUUCAAAUAACAAUAUUGAUAGACCGUUUCCAACUCUUCCAAAUGAAAUAACUUUAUUGAUCUUGUCAUAUCUAAAUCAACAAACGAGAAUCAAGAUCCUUAGAGUUUCAAAAGCUUUUCGUAACAUAAUUUACUCUUCGAUUCUUUGGCAUGAGGCUAUCAUUUAUAACUCGAGAGGUUUUGGAAAUGAAGCUUUGGAAAUAUUAAAAAAGGUGCACUCAUUAAGUGCAAGAGCGAGUGGUCUUGACGACGAAUUUGUUAGAAAGUUAGCUAUGGGCCCCCCUGGUCAAUCGUUAAGAGUAUUAGAUUUAUCAGUUAACGAUAUAACUGAUAAAACCGUAUUUUAUAUAGGCAAUAAUUGUCCAAAUCUUCAAAAAUUAUUUUUAGAAGGCUGUGACGAAAUAACAAAUAUCAAACCUUUAAUUAAACUUUCCUCUCAUUUAAACACUUUAAUCCUUUCUUAUUGUAGUGAAUUAUUAGAUUUUACAAUUGCUGAUCUAAUUUCUUCUGUUUUUGGUGAGAAUCUUUCUAAGCUGGAUUUAGAUGGAUGUCAUAGAUUAACUGAUGUUAGUAUAUAUAGAAUAUCUUGCUAUUUGAAAAAUUUGGAAUAUCUGGCAAUCGAUGGUCAAGGAAUUAAUGAUGAUCCUAUAAUUAAUGUGUUUAGAAAUUGUAGAAAAUUGAUUUUAUUUUCAAUGUCUUUUUGCGAUUCUUUAACUGACAAUUGUUUAUAUAAUAUUGUAUUAAAUAUAAACCCUUGUUUAAAAUUUUUGAGGUUAAGAAAAGGUUUGGGCUUUACCGAUGAAGGUUUUCACUAUUUUUUUAAAGGUCUAUCUCUCAAAAAUCAUUCUUUCUACUAUUUAGAUCUUUCUGAAUGUUCUUAUUUGAGUGAUAUGGCUCUUCAACAAAUGUCUCAUGAUAAUAUUUGUUGGUUGAAUUUGGAUUGGUGUUGGAAUGUGAAGGAAAGUAGCAUUCUCACCAUACUUACUUCUUGCCCAAAUAUUCAAGAAUUAAUGGUUACCGGAUGUAAUGACAUAACUUGUGAAUCGAUAAUCGGUAAAAAAUUUCUGAACUUGAAGGUCUUAAAUCUUUUGAGCUGCAGAGCAGUUGAACCUAUCACACUCCAAGCGAUCAGUGAACUUAAUAAAAAUGCCUACAUAAUUGAUUAUUACGGCGAAGUUUAUAAAAAUGGAAAGAAAAUUGGUUUUCAUGAAGAAAUAUAUAUUGAUGGCGAAGAUGUUGAAUGGAUGGUUGGAGGUAGAGAACGAAGAUGUGGUUUAUUGCAUGUUGGACAUUUUUUAAGAUUUUUUAAAGGUUAUUCCAUUUAA